CUUUUCCACACAUUUGCUGUUCCUUGACUCUCCAUAUCGCUGACCACGCCUCCACCGCCUCCACCGCCACCGCCAUUCCCCACUCCCACUCCCACUCCCGCUCCCACUCCCGCGGGGCCAUCAUCCACCAUGGCCAAGACAUUCACAUUCGAGGAAGUACAGCAGCACAAGAGCAAAGAGUCGUGCUGGGUCAUCCUCUACGGAAAUGUCUACGAUGUCACCUCCUUCCUGCCCGACCAUCCGGGAGGGAGCAAGAUCAUUCUGCAACUCGCCGGCUCCGACGCGACCGAAGAAUACGAUCCCAUCCACCCGCCAGGCACGCUCGAAGACAGUCUUCCCGCCUCUGCAAAACUGGGAACGAUCGAUGCCCGCACUCUGCCCGCGGUCGAGCAGUCGCCAGUGGAGAAGGGAGAACAGGCAGAAGAGGAGGUGAUGAGCCUGGAAGAAUGUCUCAAUCUGGAUGACAUUGAGACGACGGCGACGCAAAAGAUCAACCACAAAGCAUGGGCAUACUACUACUCCGCGGGCGAUGACCUGGUCUCGAAGACAUUGAACAACACCGUGUACCGCAAUAUUCUUCUGAGACCGCGCGUCUUCGUCGAUUGCACCAACUGCGAUACAUCCACCACCAUCCUGGGCCACAAAGUCGGCGUCCCAUUCUUUGUCUCACCCGCAGCUAUGGCUCGACUCGGCCACCCAGACGGCGAACGUGGUAUUGCUACAGCUGCAAACAAGUUCGGAGCCCUACAAAUCAUCUCCAACAACGCCUCUCAAACGCCCGAACAGAUCCUCGAUGGAGCACCACAAGAUCAAAUCUUCGGCUGGCAAUUGUACGUCCAGAACGAGCGCAAAAAGAGUGAAGAUAUGCUCAAGAGAAUCCACAAACUUCCUCAAAUCAAAUUCGUCUGUCUUACUCUCGACGCACCUGUUCCUGGGAAAAGAGAACACGACGAAAGAGGCAAAAACGUCGGAUCCAACCUCCCCGUCCGUUCCAGCGUACAACACGCCAAAGACGAUGGUCCACAAGCCGACGCGGAAGGUAUCAAACUCGCAGACAAAGGCGGAGUAGGCAAAGCCCUCUUCGCAGGCACAGCGCCCGAUCUCACCUGGCGAACCACUUUGCCCUGGUUACAGAAACAUACGCAUCUGCCUAUUGUGCUCAAAGGAGUACAAACCCAUGAAGACGCGUAUCUGGCAAGUUUGCACACUCCGCAAGUACGAGGUAUUGUUCUGUCGAAUCAUGGGGGCAGAGCUGCGGACACGAGCCCUCCGAGCAUCCAUACUUUGUUGGAGAUUAGGAAGUACUGUCCAGAAGUUUUGGAGAAGUUGGAAGUCUACGUCGAUGGAGGCAUUAAGCGUGGGACGGAUGUUGUAAAGGCUUUGGCUCUGGGGGCGAAGGCUGUAGGGUUGGGGAGGGCUCCUUUGUUUGGGCUCGGAGCUGGGGGGACGCAGGGAGUAGAGAGGGUCAUGGAGAUUCUGAAGGGUGAAGUCGAGACUGCUAUGAGGCUAUUGGGGGUGGAGCAGGUUGGCGAAUUGGGGAUGCAGCAUGUGAAUGCUAGAGCUGUUGAGAGGGACAUCUAUGAUGGUGCUACGGGACUGGAGAGUCUAAAGAGUGCGUACGCGGUGAAGAGCAAGUUGUAGGGCACGAUACAGACGCAUCGAUCAAGAAUGUGAGAUGUUACAGUAU